GUGUUCUCUUCGCGCUAACUUGACGGCUCCAUAACGGCUUCAUCUCUGCUUCAGCUGAAGAGCAAACCGACAUCAGCUGAGUUUGCACGAAGUAUCAUCCUUGAAGCUAAAGUGCAGGAAUUUAGCACCGCUGUAAAUCCAUUACUAGCGUUUCACAAAGUUUCGUGUGACUGCUUAGCCGAUUGCAGCAACUGUCAUCCGUCGUAACCACAGAAACGGGGAAGAGGCAGAAGGAAAAAUAACAUUACAUCAAACCCGGCAAACAAAGAGGUCCUUUUUUCAACGGCAACAUUUUUCCUCCAUAUUCUAUAGUUAUGAGUCAUGUGGCCGUCGAAAAUGCCCACGGUCUAGAGCAGCAGCUCGCUGUCCUAGACUUGAGCGCUGCAGACGGACAAGGUGGAGGAACGAACAGUAAGCAGCCAGCACGAUUUUGGCGAUACAUUCCUCCACAUUUACGGAACAAAGACGCUUCCAAAAAUGCAGGAAAUGCCUUUGCUGCGGGACGACAGGGCGGCUACACCAUCGCGCCCGCGACCAACUACGGCUGGGACGGGGGCCGCAACAACUUCGUCAACGGCUACCACGACAACCGCAUGGCCGGCAACUCGUUCAACCGCGGCCCGCCUCGCAUGGAGCGCGGGAGGGGCGGCGUCGGAGGAGGCGGUUACCGCGGCAACAGGGGCGGCGCCUUCAACCCCAUCAACCCAGCACAGCCGAUGAGCUUCGACGCAGGUGGCUGGAACACCGCCAAGGAGGCCUACAGCAGCUUUGGCAAUAACCGAGGGAAGUCUGCCUUCUUCAACGACAGAGGCAACGCGAACAGAGGGAGGUUCGAACACGGUGGAUUCGGCGGCGGAGGAGGAGGAGGAAACAGCCGCUGGGUGGAGGAGUCCAGAGAUGAUGGAGACUGGUCCAAGCCGACGCCACGCAACGAACGCCUUGAACACGAGUUGUUCUCCGGCAGCAACACCGGCAUUAACUUUGAGAAGUACGACGACAUUCCUGUCGAGGCCACCGGGCAGAACUGUCCUCACCACAUUGAGAGUUUCCAAGAUGUGGACAUGGGCGAGAUCGUCAUGGGCAACAUCGCUCUGAGCCGCUACACCAGACCAACCCCUGUCCAGAAAUACGCCAUUCCUAUUGUCAAGUCCAAGAGGGACCUCAUGGCCUGCGCACAGACGGGUUCUGGGAAGACGGCGGCGUUCCUGCUGCCGAUUCUCAGCCAGAUCUACGCCGAUGGACCAGGAGAAGCUCUGAACGCAGCCAAAGCCUCCGGACAGGAGAACGGGAAGUUCGGGCGUCGUAAGCAGUACCCCAUCUCCCUGGUCCUGGCUCCGACCAGAGAGCUGGCCCUGCAGAUAUACGACGAAGCCAGGAAGUUUUCCUACCGCUCCAGAGUGCGUCCCUGCGUCGUGUACGGAGGAGCCGACAUCGGCCAGCAGAUCAGAGACCUGGAGAGAGGCUGCCAUCUGCUGGUGGCCACACCUGGAAGACUGGUGGACAUGAUGGAGCGAGGCAAGAUCGGACUGGACUACUGCAACUACCUGGUCCUCGAUGAGGCCGAUCGUAUGCUGGACAUGGGCUUCGAGCCACAGAUCCGACGCAUCGUUGAGCAGGACACCAUGCCACACAAAGGCAUCCGACAAACCAUGAUGUUCAGCGCGACGUUUCCUAAAGAGAUCCAGAUCCUAGCGAGGGACUUCCUGGAGGAGUACAUCUUCCUGGCCGUGGGCAGAGUGGGUUCCACCUCGGAGAACAUCACUCAGAAAGUGGUGUGGGUGGAGGAGAGCGAUAAGAGGUCUUUCCUGCUGGACCUGCUCAGCGCUACAGGAAAGGACUCGCUGACUCUGGUGUUUGUGGAGACCAAGAAAGGCGCUGAUGCCUUGGAGGACUUCCUGUAUCGGGAGGGCUACGCCUGCACCAGUAUCCACGGCGACCGUUCCCAGCGGGACCGAGAGGAGGCCCUGAACCAGUUCCGAUCAGGAAAAUGCCCCAUUCUGGUGGCUACGGCGGUAGCAGCUCGGGGUCUGGACAUCUCCAACGUGAAGCACGUUAUCAACUUUGACCUGCCGAGCGACAUCGAGGAGUACGUGCACCGUAUUGGACGUACAGGACGAGUAGGAAACCUGGGGCUGGCCACAUCGUUCUUCAAUGACAAAAACGGGAACAUCACUAAAGACCUGCUGGACAUCCUAGUAGAGGCCAAACAGGAGGUUCCCUCAUGGCUUGAGAGCCUGGCCUACGAGCACCAGCAUAAGAGCAGCAACAGGGGGCGCUCUAAGAGGUUCUCUGGUGGUUUUGGAGCUCGUGAUUAUCGUCAGACGGCCGCCGGAGGCAACGCCGGAGGGUUUGGAGGACGUGGAGGACGCAACCAGGCAGGACACGGAGGAACCCGUGGAUUCGGAGGAGGUGGUUUUGGCAACUUCUACACCAGCGACGGCUACGGAGGCAACUACUCACACUCUCAAGUUGACUGGUGGGGCAACUAGGUUUCUUCAUCCUCCCUUCACUCAUCCCUCUUUCCUCCUCUCACUCCUCCAUCCUUCUCCACUCUGCUGUCUCCAUCCCGUCUGUCUCGUCAUUAACCCCGACAGCCCACAUGCAUGUUAUUAAAAUAUUUAUACUCAUUUAUAUAGCGCUCCCUCCAUCCUCUGUCACUCUUUCAGUUCCUCCCUGGAUUUCUUUUUUUCUUCUUCUUGUGCUUUCCAUCUCCACCUUUGUCGUUACAAAGGGUUCUUUUUUUUUUGACUUUUCUUCAUUUCCAACCUCUCCUUUUGAAAUAGGCCACAUAAUACAGAGAUUCCUGCAUUUUAGUUGGUUACUUUUCAACACUGGACACAGAUUUGCUUGUUACCUUCCAGCUUGCAACCACCUUUGGUUUCCAUGAGGAGACUUCAAACCAUUUCCCCCGUGUGGCGUGUCGGAAGAAAAAUAACCAAUUAAAGUUGUAGGUUUUCUUAAACCCCCUAAGAUAGGAUGUGUGGACUUCUCCGAAACAGCCGUGGAAAGGGGAAAAUCCCGAUGUUGUUUUUUUUCUCUCUUUAGAUUUUGAGUUUUGGCUUCAUCGUGUUUUUUGUCUGCAUUCACCCAAAGCCAGUCAGGCUCCCUGUGUAGCUUCACAUCAUCUUUGUAUUUAACGCAUGGCCAUGUUGUAAAUCACCGGCCGAAACCUUUUCUAAAAUAUAGAGAUAGGCAAGACGUCAGAGCAAAGUAUGUCUGCGUAUAAUUUCAGAAAUAGGAACUGGCUGAGGUCUCCUUCACCUAUAGGACAGACACAUUAAAGGGGCCACAGAGACAGAAAAAGGUUUUUGUUUUGUUUUUUUUUCUUCACCUUUUUAAACCAUUAAAAUAUCGACUCACCGAGGUCUGAAAACGAAGAGACGAGAGGCUGGACAAACUGAGAAACCCAGCCAGCAGACAGUCCUAGGACUCGUGGUUGUUAAUUACAAACACCGUUUCAUUGUUUUAAGCAAAACGUUAUGGAGAAUCAUUUGUUUCUGUACUGUGCCUUUAAGAAUUUGAACUUUGUCUCUUUUUUUCUGUUGUUUUUAUUGCCAUAACACGUGACUGGCUGCAAAUAUAGGCCAACGGUGACGAAAAAAAAAAAA